AUGAAGGACAAGCUUACAUCAGCUGAGAAUGAACUGCGUAUAUCCGAAGAGGAAAAGAAUAAGGCGGUUGUGCGCUUAACGCGUUCACAAAGCAUCACGAACGUAUUGCAACACCUGUGUAGCAUACAUGAAAAACUGCUAUUGCUUGAGUCAUCUGAAGCUGGACCAGCGGCCCUUCUCGAACGAGCACAAACGGUGGGAGAGAUCUCUACGGCACUUGCGGCGAUUGCGUACGACCCCGACAGCCAAAUUGCCGACAGGCGCAUUCUCAAGGCCCUCAAGAGCGAGUUUAUCCGCUGCAAGAGCCAAUUCCGCACGGAACUGGAACAGAGUUGGCGCAAGGCUGUCACAUGGACUGCGGCAGACACGCACACACCCGGCGAUCGGCAGAUGAUGAAAGGU